UAUUUAGUGGAUUGGGGAGAUGCCGAGAUUUUGGGGAUGUUUUUCGUUAUUCCCAGUCGCAUACACAUGACCGAGGAGCCUCGGCGUCAACACUCUCGACGUGCGUCAAUCUCAUCCGAACUUCAAUCACAUUCCGACACCCCCUGUCUACCCGCGUCUGCCUCCCUUCAGCGAUGUCCAGAUUGCAGCGUCUGCAGAAGACACAGCUCAAUCGGCACCUUGAAGGAAGGCUACGUAACUCAUGCAGUUACGACAAAUGGCUUCACAGUCCACCCACGAUUCACAGCCCCAGAGUCAAGAUCAAAGUUUUCAACAACUUCCUUCUCAUUACCCCCCAUUUUCUACUUAAAUAUGUUUUAUCCCCACCGACGGCUCCAUCAUAUACAAUUCAGAAAGGAAAAUAUCUCAAUCUACCAGGGUCGUCAGACCUCCCAUGCCAAACCUCGGCAUCACCAAAACGACUCGCCACAAGGGAGCGAGACGAGGUAGACGACGAGAGGGGCAGGUGGGAGAAGUCGCUCGUAGUAGAGCGACCGUUAUUACAUAUUAGUCCGACCGACCCUUCUCGUCACCCCAUAUCUCUCCCCCUCACCCUUCCUCAUCACCGUCAUCAGCUCCGCCAAAACAAUAAGUCCUAUGCAUAUCCACAUGGCAUCAUGGGUACUAUUUACAAGAACGGUAAUGGGAGUCCCAUUCAGGAAAAGAAAAAUAUUAUGUGUGAUUAGGUGUCAGGUCUCCGUUGCUUUAGAGACCGGUGCGGCGGAUGGUGCGUCCGCGGAACUGGGCGGGAGGCUGGAUGGGCGCGUUGUAACGCUUGGUGGG